AUGGAUCCUACGACAGCUACUCAAUCAAUCCCCGACACCGUCCUGAAUGACGUGACAACACUGCAAUCGUUUCUGAAAGAAUAUGCAAACCUUCCCGAGAAAACCUCUUCUACUAUUUACGCCAACCUCGAAGGAAUCAAACUCGGCCGGAAAGGCUCAAUAUCCAUAAUCUCUUUGUUCGUGCCUUCUCUGGGCAGGGUGUAUCACGUCGACCUGAUAUCCCUCGGCGAUGCAGUUCUCUCAACGGAGCCAGCCUCAGGAACAUCGUUGAAAACUAUUCUCGAGUCUCCAGCCAUCAAGAAAAUGUUCUUCGACGUCCGAAACGACUCAGACGCACUAUUCGCCCACCACCAGAUCUCACUCCGAGGGGUAAUCGACGUCCAGCUCAUGGAGUUGGCAACGAGAACCUACUACCGACGACACCUCGCCAGCCUGGCGAAGUGCGUUGAAGGCAACAGUGCAGUUGCACCGGCCACGAAAGAACACUGGCGCUCCGUCGCGCAAAUCUUCGACCUGCGCCGCCGAUCCGAGGAGCUCUCCGGCCGCCACAUCAUCAACAUCCGCCCCAUCGAUCCUCUCGUGCUCGAGUUCUGUAAGCUCCGAGUCGUUCUGCUGCCCCACCUGUGGCGCGUCUAUUCGAACAAACUUCGAGCAGGCAGCGAGCUGUUCUGGAGAUCUAAAAUCACGUUUGAGACAGAAGAACGGGUGAAGCUCGCCAGAUCCGCUACCUACGAUGGCGAUUCGAAGAACAAAGUGCUCGGGCCUUGGGACUGGUAUGGUAAUGAGUUGGAUGAGGCGAUCUGGGCUUGGAAUGAUGAUUUGCUCGAUGAUAUAAGGAUUGGCGAUGCCGAGACAAGGCCAAAGUACGAGAGCGUACUUUUUAACAAAAGUGAAGCCGAUGCAUUGUCGUUUUGCAACGGUGGUUGUUGA